AUGCCAUCUGAGGUCCCUAAUAUAGUUUGGCAGUCUUGGAGAGUCAUUUGGGUUGCUCGGCAUUGGCAAGACAAUUCAGCGAUUGCACAUAGCAAUCGUAAUUCAGAGCUUGUUGGGUCGAGCACCGAAUCCAUAAAGUAUACUGCUAGAUCCUAUUCGAUGGUGGAGCAUGCCUCAGACUUGGCUGCUGAAUUACAAAAACCUACCACUUGUUGGGAGAUAUUUAAUAAAACUCAUAAGAAGAAAGAUGGGUCAUUUGUCGAUCUGCGUUCCUCAAGAGCAAUAACCACUAGAGUUGCUGAGGCAUCUCAGCCUAGUGCAAAGGGAGGGGAGUCACAGCCUCUUUCCACCGAUGCAGUUAAUGACAUUUAUUAUGAUAUCAUUAGUGGAAAUAAGAAGACAUCCCUCUAUGGGCUUGGCUCUUAG